GUACGGGUAUCGGGUACCCGAUUGCGACCUCUGGAAUGAAGCCAUGUUGCAGGCGUGGGUGGGUUGAUUCUAGGAACUUGAAUUGUGAGAAGAGACAAGACGUUGGGAAAUGAGUGACAAACAAUUACUCACCAGUGACUCACGGCCUACCCGUACCCGGCCGGGUACGGGUAGCCGGGUAUCAGGUAGAGCACGGGUAUCGGGUACCCGGUUGCGACCUCUGUGGUGUGGUAGGGGAGGGUGUCAAGCUGAGUGGACUUGCCGAUGUUUGGUGCCAGCGAUGUCAAGAUCGGCCUAUUGCCCCUUAGCCUGGCACUGCGAAGUGCCAGGCUAGGUGCACGCCAGAGCGACGUGACAUUUGAAGGCAGUCGCCCUCCGACAAUCACGGAGGGUGGAGAACAACGAGCGGAGCGCCGUGGAGUUUCAACAAACACAGCGAGUUGGCGCAGACUAAUACUGUCUGGCAGUCUUCUCAGUCCCAUGACGUCCUUGGGCAGCGGCGAGGACCUUCCACGCUCCACGUGGUCUCAAGGUUGUCAGUGGAGGAGCGGUGGCGCAGUGGUUAGCGCACUCAACGACGAACCCGGCCAUCCGAAUUCGAUUCCCGCUCACCGCCAAUUAUAACCGUUCAGAACCGGCCCUGUGCCUCUCCCCUAGGUCGACUCAGCCUUAAAUCGCCGCCUGGUGCGGUGUGUUCCACAUCAGCCCCGGGGAGACAAAGGCGGCCGGGCGCGGUGUUAGCCCCCCCCCGGGACUUGUCUGUGAAGGCUACACGGGGGAGCUUUGUCUUUGUCUCUAUAGUCGAGUCACUGCAGGAAGUGGCGAGCUCAGUGCCCGGGGGCUUCCACUCGCGCAGUCGCCCCAAGGGCCCCCCUCGAAACUCGCCCCAAGGGCCCCCCUCGGAGCCCCCCUCGGGGCCCCCCUCGGAACUCGCCCCAGGGGCCCCCCUCGAAACUCAUCGUCGCGGACUGCAUCGACUCCUCUUGUCGGUUUUCGACUGUCGCGAUUACAAACUCUGCCGAUUCAACUGCAGGCUGUGUCAGUCGCAGGCUGUAUCAACUACAAGCUGUACCAGUCGCAGGCUGUGUCAACUACAAGCUGUGUCAACUACAUGCUGUUAUCAACUACAAGCUGUACCUGUUGCAUGCUGUACCAGCUGCAUGCUGUACCAGCCACACGCUGUAUUUGUUACAGGCUGUAUCUGUUACAUGCUGUACCAGCUACAUGCUGUGUUAGUUACAGGUUGUAUCUGUUACAUGCUGUACCUGUUGCAUGCUGUGUUAGUUACAUGCUGUACCAGCUACAGGCUGUACUUGUUACAGGCUGCACUGUACUCGCAUCAGCUGAUCCCAAGUGCCGCCGCUGCAGCUUCCUCCUCGCCUGUCUCGAUCAAGAUCGUCACAGGAGUCCCGUGAAGACGCCACCAUGGACUUAUAGCUCGAGUUCUAGUCGACGUCACCGCUAUAACCGUGACAGCAGCGGCCACGUCAGUCGUAGCCGUAGCUGCCAAGCGAGCCGCGGCAAUGUUGAGUAGCCUCCAGGAUCACGUGUCUCGGAUGGCCGCGCAGUAUCUGCACCGGAGCGGCACGCGGAGUCCGCGAGCCGGGACUGGAGUCGAACCGGGACCUGGUGACGGAGCGGAACCCGGCCGGGAAGGAAAGCCGACGGGUCAGGGGUUGCGAAACCAGAGCCGACCCGACUACGGGGCGCUGCCGCAGCGCUACCCAUCAAACCGGCCUGCCUUCGUGCUGCCCGCAGAGCAGCGGCAGGACCCACAGCCGCAGCAGCAGCAUCGGACGCAGCAGGAGGGAGAGGAGAAGCAGCAGGUCGAGCUGCAGCAGAUGCAGCAGCAGCAACAACAGCAGCAGGUGGAGGAGGAGCAAUGCCAGCACCUGGGGGAGCAGAGGCAGGAGACGCAGCAGGAGGAGCAAGAACAGCAACCUCCGCACGGAAAGCAGCAACGGGAGCUACACGAGCAGCAGCAACAGCAGCAGCAGCAGCAGGAAACGCAGCCGGACGGUUGCUCGGUGGUGCGGGCUGUGCGCCCCGGUGCGGCGGGCUUGCCGUGGGGUUGCGGCUAUGCUGAGGCCACGAACCACAACAAGAGCCGGUGCAACGAGGACCAGGCAGCCUGCCUUAUGCUGCCAAUGGAGUGGCCGCCCACAGCCCGCACGGACGGACCCCUGCACACAUCGUCACGGCUGGGGAGCCAGGCAGCCGCCGGCGCGGUCACGGCUCUCCUAGACAAGGCUGAGGCUUUGUCGCCACCGGGCCGUGUCUGCCACCAACCUCCUGACGCCGAGCUCCUCCUGCACGAUGACUUCGAGAUGGUCUCCCACGACGCUCUGGGGAGCGGCGUGGACCGCGAUUCUAAAACUCCCAGGAACAUUUCGAACGAGGACGUGGAGAACCCUGGAACUGUGGUGUUGGAAAAUCGCAGAGCUGCAGCAGUUAGCUCAUUCACAGGCGCAGUGGGGGAGGCGCUGCCCUACUGGGCGCUCUUUGACGGGCAUGGCGGUCCGGCCGUGGCCCUCACCGCGGCCCACACGCUGCACCACCUCCUGCGCCAAGCGCUGCAGACGGUGGCGCCGGUCCUGGCGGCCGACGGCCCCGCGCCGUUCGCCGUCGCCGCGCCCAACGCGCCGCUGCCGCCGGCCGAGCCCGCGCGCCUGCGGCACGGGCGCGUCGUGUCGCACGGCGAGAUCGUCGUGGGCGCCAUCGAGAGCGCCUUCCUCGAGAUGGACCGACAGAUCGAGAGGGAGCGCGUGUCGUUCGACCUGCGCGGUGGCUGCACUGCGAUGGUGGCGCUGUGUGCACUGGGCCACCUCUACGUGGCCAACGCUGGGGACAGCCGGGCUAUCAUCGUGAGGGCCCGGGACGUCAUCCCCAUGUCGCAUGAAUUCACUCCCACGACAGAGAGGCAGCGGCUGCAACGGCUGGCGAGUGAGCAUCCCGAGCUGCUGAAGGAGAUCUUCACGCCGCUGGAGUUUGGGUGCCGGGUGCUACGCCGUGACCUUGGCAUGAGGGUCCUCUACCGCUCUCAUCACAUGACCGGCUGGGGCUAUAAGACGGCUACUGAGGAGGACCUGCGCUUCCCGCUCAUCAGCGGCAUGGGGAAACAGGCUCGGCUGUUCAGCACGAUCGGCGUGACGCGGGGCUUUGGGAACCACGACCUCGUGGUGCACGACACGGACAUCUGCAUCAAACCCUUCCUGAGCAGCACUCCGGAGGUGAUGGUGCACAAGCUGUGGCAGGGUGACCCCGGAGAUGAGGAGGAGGACGAUGACGAGGUGCUGGUGAUGGGCACGGACGGGCUGUGGGACGUACUCAGCGUCGACGAGGUGGCGUCGCACGUCCGCUUCGUGCUCAAGGCGUCGCGGCCGCACGACCCUGGCAGGUUCACGAGGGCGGCUGUGGCUCUCGUGCGUUUGGCCACGCGGCCCCAGGGAUCCCCGGACGACGUCUCCGUGUUCGUCAUCCCCCUGCGCCCCCCUCGCCCCCCUCGCCUCGCGUGCAGCCAGCCAGGGCCCCCCAGCCCAGGCCCCCCAACCCGAGCCCUCCAGCCUGAACAGGGAGGACUGCCGAGCUGAAGCCUCGUGGUGAUAGCGGUGGCGACGGUGGUGGUGGUGGUGACGGUGGAGGUGGUGACGGUGGUGGUGGCGACGGUGGCGACGGUGGCGACGGUGGUGGUGGCGACGGUGACGGUGGCGGUGGCGACGGUG